AUGAGCUUAGAAAACGAAGAUCAGAACUUGUUGGAUCAGGCAACUGAUAAUGGAUUGCAAAAGAAGUUGAAAAUUUCAUACACAAGAGAGUUUUUGUUAUCUGUUAGUGGAUUGGAUGUAUGCAAAGAGUUUCCAAGUGGGUUUGAUCAAUCACUUUUAAGGGAAUUUGAAGACGCUUCACUGGAUCGACAUAGAAGUACUGGUGCUCUACCCACACAUAGUUUCAGACGCAAUGAGUACAGUUCAUCACCUCCAACCAGAGGGGAUACAAAUAACUUUUCGCGGGGAACUCAUGGAAAAUGGGAUUCUCGCUCUUCUGGACGUUCAGAUAGAGACAGUGAUUCUCAAUCAGAAUGGGAUUCAGAUUCUGGAAAACGUAUUGGCAAUCAGUCUCGGAGAUCUUUGCAAGGUCCUGAGCACGAUGGACUUCUAGGUAGUGGCUCUUUUCCAAGACCUGCUGGGUAUGCACCUGGGUUGUCUGCUCCUAAGUUUCGAGCUAAUGACAAUUACCAGCCAAAUCGGUCUAAUGAGCCCUAUCACCCUCCUCGUCCUUAUAAGGCACCUCACUCUCGUAGAGAAACUAACGACUCUUUCAAUGAUGAAACUUUUGGCUCUUUGGAGUGUACAAGUGAGGACAGGGCAGAGGAGGAAAAAAAGAGAAGAGCCUCUUUCGAAUUGAUGAGAAAAGAGCAAACUGAAAAGCUUAAGAUGAACCCAGACAAGAAUAAAGUGGAUUUUGACCUUUCUUCACUUAUCGACGAUAAUUCAAAGAGGCCAGUUGCUGGAAGCAAUGAGUCAAUGGAGCCUCCUCUGACUUUAGCAGCUUUAAGCAAUGAUGAGAAAUCUUCUUCCCAUUCACAUGCUUCAGCAAGACCACUUGUACCCCCUGGUUUUGCAAACACAAUGUUGGAAAGGAAUAUGGGUACCAAAAUAUCCCCCAACACUCAUGUAGCAGAGGUUGGGAAACCUGAGCCUGGAGAUACCCGAGGUAGCCAUGUAUUCAGUAUAAAUCCUGAAAAUAAAGAAGGAAACUUAUCAACCAUGCAAGUGGAUAACAAUCAACAGAAUCUUCAAAGGGCAGAUAUAAAUGUUUCAAUCAACAAUGAGAAAGAAAAUACUUUUAAUUUGUCAACUUCUGUGGAUAUCCCCAACGUUAAGAUUGGAAUUAAUGAUCAACUAAGAAAGAGAUCUGCUCUUUCAGAAGCCUUGGAAGCAUCAGAUGACAAUACAUUUAUUCCACUUAAGGCUGAAGUGAAAGGAAAGGAGGCCAUAGGAGCAGCUUUCAAUCCUGAGAGUUCCGAGUCUAUCCUAUACAAGCUUUUCGGUAAUGCUUCAACGCUAACCAGUGGCAUAUCUACUAGUAUUGUUGAGCAGCCUGAUCAUAAAGCAGAUGAGACAUGGAGUCCACAUGCCUUCCAAACUUCGAAGUUUGCUCAUUGGUUUGCUGAAGAAGAAAAGAAGUCAAUGGAUGACUUGACACCUAAGCCAAAUGACCUGCUCUCGCUUAUUGUUGGCGGUGAAAAGGGUGGGCUGCAGGUUUCCAAUGUAGAGACAACCCAUCAUGUUGCACCGAAUUCUAGUUUCCAAAAUCCUGAACCUGCUGUUCUUACAUGUGAAGAUCUCGAACAGUCAAUUCUAUCACAAGUUAGUGAAAAUGGCUCGUCAUCUCAGCAGUGCAUGCAGGACAAAGAUUUUGGUGCAAAGGCUGGGCAGUCCAAUUCAAUUGAUGGUCAUGCUUCCGAGCACCUUCUUUCUUUGUUACAAAAAGGACCCUUGCAUAAAGAUUUGGAACUAUCAUCUGUUAUACAUUCUACUGACACGGUGCACAACACUGAAAGAGCAACUACUGGAAAAUUUCUUGAUAAUCCAGAGGAAGUAAAUGCAGAUGCUUCUAAUUCAUCAAAAACAUUGACUCUGGAAACACUUUUUGGAUCAGCUUUUAUGAAGGAGCUGCAAUCAGUUGGAGCACCCCUUUCUGUUCAAAGAAGUUCAAUUGGAUCUGCAGGUGCUGAUUUUUCAGAGUCUCAGUUGUUUCCUUUCCCUACCUCAAACAAUGUCAAUCCUCCUACUGGCGAGCUUACACUGAACAGACACGGAAGUGGUGGUGCCUUUCCUUCAGAAAAAACUCAUCAACCCAAAUCAAAUAGAUUUGAAGAGCAGUGGUUAGGUUAUGGUGAUUCUCAUGGAGAUGUUAAUUCAUCACUACUUCAAACUGGAAUUUCCAAGGCUAGUGGUUUCAAUCGAUCUCACGAUUUUCGCCUCCCUGAAGAAGAUAGCUUGAUUUCUGUUGGCAAUCCUCUGCAAACCUUUUUAUCUGUUGGAAAUUCAGCUAAGGCAGAUUUGUCUCAAGACACACCUGCUGAGAUUACUAGAAAACUGGCAGCUCUGAAUUCUGCAUUUAGAGACGAACGACUUGUGAUGAGAAAUCAAGGUCAAGCGUACCCUCGUGGUCCUUAUGAUAUAAGGGAACCUGGUAUUCCAUAUCAAAAUCUCAACGCCCACCGACCUUCACAGCUCCAACCCCAUCAGUUGAAUCACAUUGGUCCAAUGUUCAAUCAACCGGACUCUCACUCUCCUCAUAUUAGUUCUUAUAUGAAGCAUGCGACUUCUGAAGGCAUGGUUCAUCAUGAUUCUCCGUCCAACCGUCAAUUUCCAGGAAAUAUGCUUCGUCCUCCUUUCCAUCAACCAAACAGUGUUGCAACUGGGUUUGAUCCUCCUGCUCAUCACCCUCUGUUACAACAGAUGCAUAUGCAAGGGAACCUUCCUCCACCUCAUCUAUUACGAGGAUUCCCAAGGGGCGGGGCUAUGCCCCCUCAUCCCAGUAAUCCGAUGUCUGGUAUUAUGCAGGAACCAAACCCAAUGCAAGGCUUCCCAUUUAGUGGCCAGCAGCAUCCUAGUUUAGGGGCCCCAGGAAUGCAAUUGCAAGCUCCAGGAGUUGCUGGUGGAAGGAAUCAUCCAGAAGCACUUAAGAGGCUUUUUGAGAUGGAGCUUAGGUCAAACUCAAAGCCAAUCCAUACUUCAGGGCAUAACCAGGGGGGGAUUCAUGAGCUAGACUUGGGGUUUGGCUAUAGAUAG